AUGGUCACCGGUCAAACAGGUUUGGGAAACCAGGCUACAUUGACCAAAAUUGAUAAGCUGAGAGAAUUGAAUAUUGGCAAAGUUAUUCCAUUGCCUCAGCUUGUUGUAGCGGGUGACCAGUCGUCUGGGAAAAGCUCUCUUCUGGAGAGUCUUACAGGAUUCUCGUUUCCUCGUGGCACUGGACUCUGCACUCGUUAUGUGACCCAGAUUACCUGCUGCCGUGGACCCGAGACGAGUAUACUUGUCUCUAUCAUCCCCCGUCCGAAUGCAGAUGAAACACUCAAGGCGCAACUUCUCCAGUUCCAGCCCUGCAUUAAAGAGAUGAACAAUGAUGACCUCGCCAAAAUAUUUGAAGAGGCCAACCUUGCCAUGGGCAUCCGAAUAAGCAAAAAUGAUGGUGACAUUAGCCGUGGGGCGUUCAGUCAGGAUAUCCUCAAGAUUGAGAUUAACGGACCUAAACAAGAUCAUCUAACGGUUAUUGAUGUACCUGGAAUAUUUCGAGUCGCUACACCGGGACUUACAACAGAGAGUGAUAUUGCGUUGGUUGAGAAUAUGGUUAAAUCAUAUAUGAACAGUCCUAGAACUAUUAUUCUGACAGUCAUUCCUUGCAACGUCGACAUAGCUACCCAGGAGAUUCUAAAACUUGCCAAUAUGGCUGACCCGAGUGGUGUCAGAACUAUGGGCGUGCUGACCAAACCUGAUCUCGCCACAGAGAAGGUUACCAAAGAUACCAUUAUCGAUCUAGUUAGUGAAAACCCUAGCACUCUGAAACUUGGAUACUACAUUGUGAAGAACCGCAGUGCAGAUGAUAACAACAUCUCUACGGUCGCUGAACAUCUUGAUGCCGAGAACGCCUUCUUUAUGGCACCUCCUUGGUUGACCGUUGCUGAUCGCUGUGGUAUUGCUCACUUGAAGGAGCGGCUUCGUGAGUUGCUAAUGAAUAUCUCCAAGCAAGAGACUCCCAAGGUUAGAUCCGAAAUUGAGCAGCAUUUGUUUGACUGCAGGCAGAAUCUGGAGACCAUGGGACCAUCACGAACCGACCAGAGUUCCCAAAGACUCUAUUUGGCGAAGCUGGCUUCGAAAUUUCAGGACACUACCCAGGCCGCUCUGAACGGAUACUACACAGGAGACAAGAUCUUCAAAAAAGAUCCUAAUCUCAAGCUUAUCACAAAGAUAAUCAAGCUAAACGAGGAUUUCUCUGACGUUUUCUGGAGACAUGGCCAUAAGCAGCAUUUCGGGGACAAUCGGGACGAUGAGGGAGAGAGCUUCUUUGGACGCGAUAUGGGCCAUGUUACCUUUGGAAUACCCCUUAACCAGUAUCACGAGAUUAAAGACAUCCUGACUAAGGACUAUUGUUGUCCCGAACCUUCGAAAGAACCACUUUUGAGUCAUAUUGAGAAAGUUUAUGAGUCCAGCCGCGGGCCUGAACUUGGAACAUUUGGUGGAACAAUUCUCGCCAUAGUCUUCGAAGAGCAGACGGAGAAAUGGGAGCCUCUUGUGCUAUCACACACGAGCAGAGCCAUCGAGAUUGUCCAUGAAUAUAUCUUUCAGCUGAUCGCCAAGCUAUGUCCGAAGGAGCAGGUUCGAGACCAACUGUGGAAUGCUCUCCUUGUGGACAAGUUGCGCAAAGCAUACCGCAAAGCUAUGAACCAUGCUCGUUUUCUCCUUGACAUUGAGCGUGGAGGAAGACCGAUUACAUUCAAUCACUACUUCAACACCAACCUUCAGAAGGAGCGUAGCCAGCAUAUUUCCGACUCCUUCAACGCUAUGAAAAUCUCUUCUAAAGGUAACCAGUGUGCUGUUAACAAAGAUAAUAGGCGGCAGGUAUGUGAGGACAUUCUCGAUACUCUUGCAAGCUAUUAUAAGGUAUCUCGAAAGCGGUUUGUGGAUGUCAUCUGUCAGCAAGUCGUACAUCAUUUCCUCCUUGAGGGCAGUGAUAGUCCACUUAAAGUCUUGGGUCCUGAGCUGGUUAUGGGUCUUGAUCCUGAGCAGCUUGAGCAGAUUGCCGGUGAGGAUAUAGAGUCGAGACAAAAACGUCAGGGCUUGGAGCGGGAAAUUAAGAGUUAUGAGGCGGCUUUGAAGGUAUUGCGGGCUUAA